AUGCCCACUUGCAAUGACAGCGUCUUUACGCCCGUCUCGGACUGUCGCUUCUUCGACUUCACCCUGCGGUUCUCCAAUGUCGUCUUUGCCAUCCUCCCUUCCUGUUUCGCAACCCUUCUCUUCGUAGCUCGACUCGUUCGUCUACGUCACAAGCCAGACAUCGAUGCCAUCUCGCAUUUUCCUCGCCUCUCGCUAUUGCGCUUCUGUGCUCCUCAUUCUGACGCUAUCAGUCUCAUUGGCGCUUCGGUCUCCAUUACCCAUGCUGUCCUCACCCUUGUCCUCCUCAUCAUGCUUGCGGCCCCUUCGUCAAGCACGCUUCGCCAUGCAAUGGACCAGUCAACCGCUCUUCCCAGCUUCAUCCUGGCGUUUCUCGCUGCCGUUCUUGCAGUGCCUCUUUCGGUAGCUGAACGAAGGAAGACGCGCGGAGGUAGUAUGCUGCUGCCUCUCUGGCUCUUCCUCUUGCUUCUCUUCAACGCCUGUCGCAUUCGAACCUUCAGCGCAGUAGCUGCAGUCCGCGGUUCCUCCCUCUUCAAUAUCUAUAUCGUCGACUUUGGCUGCUUGGGUCUAAUGAUCAUGAUCGAGAACGCCAGGAGUCUUGACAGUGCACAGCACAACUCUACCUGCGAGUCUCGUGCCGGCUUCUUCUCUCGUCUGCUCUUCGCUUGGGUAUUUCCUCUCCUACGGUCCGGCUUUCGCAAACCUCUCGAACUCGUCGAUCUACAAGCCCUCAAACCCGAGUUUUACGGCCAAGCUCUUGCCACCGACUUCAUCGCUGCCUGGACAGGUAUCUCAAUCGAGUCGCGAUCUCGUGGCCCGGCAUCGGAGAAAGACAACUUCGAUGUCAAGAUCAACAGCGACAACACCGCAGGGGUACCGGAAAGCGAUAUUUACCCUCUUGAGAAGCUAGGAUCGUCUCGCCACGAUGACGUCCAAACGGCUCCGGCCUACAAUCGCAAGAUCUUCCCACAGAGAGUAGUAAAGCGACGCUUGCUAAGCGCAACGCUUCGCGCCUUUCCCCGAUCUGCACUGGCUCCUGUUCCAUGGAAAUUGUUGCUGACUGUAUGUCAACUUGCACAGCCCUUCCUUGUCUCCACUACGCUCGCCUUUGUGCAGUCCUACUCCGAUGAAGACAAGGGCCAAGCUCAAGUCACAGCUCAGCCUGUAGUCUAUGGCUGGGGUUUGGUGGGCGCAUAUGGCUUGGUUUAUCUCGGCAUGGCUCUAGCCGAAGGUCAGUACUGGCACACUUCGUCGCAGCUCAUGACCAAGGUGCGUGGUGCGUAUGUAGAGGCCAUCUACCGCAAAGGGCUCGAUCUGCAUCUGCGAGUUGCACGUACCAGCGGCGGCGGCAAAGCGGCCAAUCUGAUGAGUGUAGACACGGAACGCAUCGUUGAUGCGGGCGACAUCAUUCACGAUAUCUGGAGUGGAUGCAUCACCAUCGCUGUGGGCAUUUAUCUGCUCUACGCUGAGCUUGGUCUUGCCUUCCUGGCCUCGAUUGUGUCUGUCGUGAUCUGCUUCCUCUUAACGCCCCUUACUAGUCGGGGAAUGGGCACCAAGCAGGGCAUUUGGAGUGCUCUCGCUGACAAGCGGGUCGAUCUCACCUCUAGUAUCAUCUCGGACAUCAAAGGCGUCAAAUUUUCCGCUUAUGAGGACGUUCUCCAUGCAAAAGUUUGCGAAGCCCGCGCCAGGGAGCUCUCUGAACGCAGCGCGUUGAUGAAGCAGGCCACGGGUGUCAUCACUUUCACCAACUCUGCUGGAGAAAUGUUGGGAUUUUUCACCUUUGUCACCCUCAUCGUCGUAGAUAGAUUGGCUGGUUCGAAUCGGUUCGAUAUCAAUACUGUCUUCACCACCCUCACCAUCUUCCAGCUGAUCAGGAGCCCGCUCUUCCAACUGGGACAGCAAUAUGCCUCUCUCCUACAAGCUUGGUCCAGCAUGGAACGCAUCGAGGCCUUCCUUACCAGCGAGGUUAGACCCGACGUCCAGUCUACCAUGAGCGAAGAUCUGACUCCUUGCUCUGCUCCCACUGCAAGCAACAGUCGAGCGCUAACUCAUGCAGCCAUUUUCAAGGAUGCAAGCUUAGGAUGGGGCCAGGAAACUGUGCUUGCCGAUGUUAAUAUUGUCAUCCCUGCCGGCACACUGACAAUGAUCUGCGGCCAGCUGGGCCAAGGAAAAUCAACCCUGCUGCAAGCUUUGCUGGGCGAAUGCGAUCUGCUAGCGGGCAAACAGCAGCUGCCUUUGCUGGCGAAACGUGUCGCCUAUGACGAGGAUCGUUACCUUCAGGCUCUCCGCGCAUGCGCCCUUACGGAAGACAUUAGCAGGCUCCAAAAAGGCGAUGCAACACAUGCCAAGGCGCUCAGCGGCGGGCAGCGCCAAAGAGUUGCCGUGGCUCGCGCAAUAUACAGCUGUGCUGAAGCGUACAUUUUUGACGAUAUUACCUGCGCCUUGGAUGCCGAAACUGCCGCUCAAAUGUGGCGUGCUCUGAUGGGUCCCGCCGGCCUCUUGAAGGGAAAGACUGUUGUGAUGGCAACGAAUGCUGUCCAUCUCCUUCAUCAUGCUCAGUUGAUCGUCCGGAUCGAAGCAGGCAGGAUUGCCGAGUCUGGUCGAUAUGAGACGCUCACAUUCAAAGGCAAAGAUUCGAUCUGUCGCAUCAGCAUGGAAUCACAGAGACCCCCCGCCACCGCAGCCGAGGACGGGUCCUUGCGAUUGCACUCGACCGAGGAGCAAGAAGACGUCCUCACUGGCACUGUGAAGUGGAAAACGUAUGCAACCUGGUUGAACACCGCUGGUCGGGGCAGAACAAUACUAUUUCUUGUCUUGUUUGCUUUCCAAGUUGGAACACUCAUAGGUAGCUCGUACUACCUGCAGGCUUGGGCUCGAUCUCAGCAAGAACAUCGUUUCCGCGACUGGGUUGCUUGGACAGUGGGCUAUCUCUUCCUGGCCCCUGCAAGUGCAGCCUUCCUUGCCAUUGGAUUCUGGAUCCUCUGUGCCAAGUGCGCCGAAUUGGCAGGUAAUCGUCUUCAUGAUGCCGAGUUCAAGGCAGUCCUAUCGGCGCCCAUCUCGUUCUUAUCCGAGUGGACCACAGGACAAGUAACCAACCGUUUCUCUCAAGACCUCUAUCACAUCGAUCAGACGUUUGUCUUUGCCAUCCUCAACACGGUCAGCGUUCUUAUGCUCGUGUUUGGUUCACUUAUCACAAUGAUGGUCGCUGCUCCGUACCUCGCCGUCUUGGUGGUGGUGCUGUUCGCAGUUUCUGGAGCCAUACAACGCCUCUACCUCCCUUCGAGUCGUCAGCUCCGCAGGUUGGAGAUGGCUACCAAAAGUCCGCUGUAUUCCGUCUUUGCUGAAACGUCUCUUCCGGCAGGCUUGGCUACGGUACGGGCGCUUCAGCGCGACACGGCCUUGCUGGAGCGCAAUACGGCCUUGCUCGACGCUUCGCAGAGACCCUACUACCACCUCUUUACCGUGCGCCGAUGGCUUCAGGUCUGGCUGCUGCUUCUCACCACGAUGACCAACAUCACCUUGGUUUUGUUGGCGGUCGUGUUGCGGAAUUCAUCGCACGCAGGAGUGCUCGGUGUCGCAUUGGUACAGGCCACCACGUUGGGCGGCGCGCUCAAUCAAGCGAUCGUCAACCUCACCGAAGUCGAAAUCGCCGGCGUCGCCCUCGAACGCGUCCGCGAAUUCAGCCUUAUCGAGCCUGAAGAACGCUCUGCUGCUGCCAGGCAUCCACCUAGCACUGCCGAGGUUAACGAGACGGUGUUUCAGGGCAGCAUAAGCUUCAAUAAAGUCUCGGCCUCGUACCGCGCGGACCUCGAGCCUGCGUUUCACAAUCUCAGUUUUGAGCUACCGGCAGGGAAGCGGCUGGGCAUCGUGGGCCGCAGUGGAUCUGGAAAGAGCACCGUCCUACUGGCGCUGUUUAGGAUGAUUUCGAUGCGAGCUGGCACGAUCCUUCUCGACGGACUCGACAUCUCGCGGAUGCCCCUGCGAACCCUUCGGUCUGCCAUGACCAUUAUCCCGCAGUCGCCUCUUCUCCUCGCUGCCAGCAUUCGCGAAAACCUGGAUCCAGACCUGACCUGCACGGACGACCAAAUUUGGUCGGCGCUCCACACCUGUCACCUGACCGAGUUCGUCAAGAAACAGCCCAACCAGCUCGAACAGCACCUACUGACGGGCGAGACGUAUAUUAGUACGGGCCAGAGACAACUUCUGGCGCUGGCACGCGCGCUGUUGCGUAAAAAGAAAAUUCUUGUCCUGGACGAAGCGACGAGCGCAAUGGAUGUCGAAACCGAAAAGGUGGUGCAGAGUGUACUAACUACGCACUUUGCCGACUGCACUGUGAUUGCCGUGGCUCAUAGGAUCGCGACAAUCAUCGGGUUCGACCACAUCAUCUGCAUGUCCAACGGUGAGGUUAUUGAGUCAGGAGCACCGGCUAUGCUUCUCCAAGCAAGAGGUGAGUUCUGGGCUCUAUCCGCAGAACAGAAGUGUGUCUGA